AACCAAAAUUUGCCACCAAUUAAUUACACUUUUUUUUGGUGUUUGAUUAAACAAAACUAAAAAAAAAGGAUAAGUUGGACAUUUUCAAAAAAUCCCAAAACUAGGUGUUGUUGAUCAGACAAUGAGAAAAAUAGAAAACAGAUCAUCAUGAAGACGGCCAUUGCUUAUAAGCUCUUUGAAAGCAAUAAACAACGAGAGGAAAAAAAAAAAAAAAAGAAGAAAAAGCUUAUUCGGUAGCAGUAUUUGUUGGCCUCUGUUCCUCACCAGCAAGAGUUCCAGCUCACCCGUUUAGAUCGGAUCCAAUUUCCCUUCUCUUCCAUUCCCUUUGAUUUUUCACUUUUGGAUGUUUGCCUUUUGAUCAUCCCCAGCAGAACCAGUAAUAAACAAAAUCCAAUCACCAAAACGCAAAAACCAUUCCCCCACAAACAGAAAAUUUGCCAAAACCAAAAAUCCAAAGCAAAACUCAAGGAAACAUAACAAAAACAGCACCUUUAAACCAAACGUUUAAUAAAAAAAGAAAAAGGCUCCUGCCCAUAUGUUCAUUACAUGUGUUGACCCGUUUCAUAUCUGAAAAAAGACUGGGCUUUUUGUUCUCUUUGGUGGUGUAAUGGGGAAUGUAACGUCGAGUGUGGCUGCAAAGUUUGCGUUUUUUCCACCAGACCCACCAACGUAUGAUGUUUACAGGGAAGAAAAUGGGAAGCUGGUUUUGCCAGGGAUCUCAGCUGACAAGAACAUGGAUGUUCAUAUGCUUGAUACAAAAGGUGGCAAUAAGAUCGUAGCCACCUUUUGGAAACACCCUGUUGCCAGGUUCACCCUCUUGUAUUCCCAUGGCAAUGCUGCUGACUUAGGCCAGAUGCAUGACCUCUUCAUCGAGCUCAGAGCGCACCUCCGUGUCAAUAUUAUGAGUUAUGAUUAUUCAGGAUAUGGGGCAUCAUCUGGGAAGCCAACUGAGCUCAACACAUAUUAUGACAUAGAGGCAGCGUACAAUUGUUUGAAGAAGGAAUAUGGGAUAAAGCAGGAAGAGUUGAUCGUGUAUGGCCAAUCUGUUGGAAGUGGACCGACUCUGCACUUGGCUUCUAAUUUACACAAACUAAGAGGAGUUGUUCUUCAUAGUGCCAUACUUUCAGGCAUACGGGUCUUAUAUCCUGUCAAGAUGACAUUUUGGUUUGAUAUCUUCAAAAAUAUAGACAAAAUCCGUAGGGUCAACUGUCCGGUACUUGUUAUACAUGGCACGAAUGAUGACAUUGUUGAUUGGUCUCAUGGGAAGAGAUUAUGGGAACUUUCUAAGGAAAAGUAUGAUCCUUUAUGGGUCAAGGGUGGCGGCCAUUGCAACCUGGAAACUUAUCCGGAGUACAUUAAGCAUCUACGCAAAUUCAUAAAUGCCAUGGAGAAGAUUUCCAUUACCAAACCAGCUAAGCAACUUACUUCUAACCCCAGCAUUACAGAAUCUAAAAACAACAAAUGCUUGAGAUUUAAGAAAAAGGUAGCUAUUUCAAAAAAGGAGUGAGUUGGAACUGGGUUUCAUUGUCUCCAAGAAUUGAUCUACUUGCUUGCCUGCUUCAUUGACCCAUGUGCUUCAUCUGUCUCUCUGAGAUUGUAAACUGAUCGGAAUCAUAGAUAUGUAGCCUGUUUGAUCCAUCAGAUCCUCUUUUGAACCAUUUAUAUGGGUAGGGUUUUCUCGACUAAUGGCCGAAGUGUUCCAUCAGAAAAUCCCAGAGAAUAUAUGCUUCUUGGUCUAGAAUUUCAUGUAUAAUUUUACAAAAUUGUUGUAUAUAAAGAAGUACCAACAUUUUGGAAGAAAAAAAAUGGAAAAUACAGAACUUACACUCCUCAAAAUAUCCCUGGAUUAAGAUCCAAACCUCCAUUCAAGAGGGCCCAAGGUGCAUUAAUUCUUGUAUUCUAUUUCUACCCAAUUCCUCAAAAUCGCGGCCCAACUCCUUAUGACAGUCUUAGGAACAAGCAUCCAUUAAACCUAAGAGGGGCUCAAAGAUUGAGUGCCAUUUGACGCAAGAACUGGC